AUGAGUAGAUCAAUGCAACCACAAGAAAAUGAUUUAUACGAUGGUUCUGAAAGAUGGAGCUUUCAUUCGAUAGAAGAGUUACCAUCACCACCAGUAUUCAAAAGAACACAUAAAGUAUACCCAAGUGGAAGAAACACGGGUACGACGAUAAAGGUGGCAGCAGUGGCCAAGCCAGCAGCCGCUGCUCCACAGCCACCACGUCCAACAUCAAUGGCUCCACAACCACCACGUCCAACUUCGAUGGCUCCACAACACCCACCCCAACAACCACCACGACCAACAUCUGUGGCACCACAACAACCACCACCACGCCCAGGAGGUCCACCACAACCACCUCCAGGCACAACACGUCCACCACCCCCUCCAGGAGGUCCUGGCAAAAUGCCACCCCGUCCACCUCCUUCGGGCGGCCCACCACCAACUCCGGGCGGUCCACCACCCAUCCCAACAGGCAAUCGUCCUCCACCUCCUCCAGGUGGUGCUCGUCCACCUCCACCACCCGGCGGCGCUCGUCCACCCCCUCCUCCAGGCGGUGCUCGUCCACCUCCCCCCAACAUGAAUGGUGGUGGCGGUGGUGGUCCCGGUGCCCCACCCAAGCCAGUCAGACCACCCGUCCCUGGCGGUCCCCCACCAACACCUGGUGGCCCACCCGGAGCCAAGAUUCCACCACGUCCAAACAGUAUGGUUCCAAAUGGAACUGGUGUAGCUCCACCACCACCAAAACCAGGACGUCCAACACCACCUUUACCACCUCGUUAA